UUAUAUUUUUUGUGGUUGUGAACUAUGGUCAUACUGAGCAGUGAGAAACAGUAGUACAUUUUUGCGAAAAUAUAUCGUCCUGAAGGGUUUUUUAAAAAUAUAUUGAUUUGAUUUGCAAAUUCCCAGUAGUGCGUUCGUUUUGUAUUGAGGAAAAAAGAAUAGAGUUGACUGCAAAAUUCCAGAGAUAGCGCAUUAAGCGUCCAUAUACCAUCUGGCACGGGAUCACUGCUUUAACUUGGCAAUUUCUGUUGGCAGUGUAAUUACAUAGUUUUGUUUUCGCUUUAUAUUUUCGAGUCGACUUGCAAUUGACUUUAGAAAACCCGAUUGUGCUUUAUCUUUGUCUAAUUUGCGAACUGGCAGUGCGCACCCCAAGGAGGGGAAACAAAAUCUUAUAUGACUUUUGAAAGAUUAUUUGAAACACCAGCAAAAAAAGCAGCACCUCUCAUUCCACAAAAACGGAGUAAAGGGUUCGAACUGUGCAUGAAUUCAAAAGGGCGAACCAUAAGUCACCGGACUUCGAGUAACAGACAUCGGAAGUUACAGCCAUUCAGGUACACAUGAGCCUGUUAUUUUGUUAUAUUUAACAACAACAGCAGCAACAACAACAGCAAAUUGGUAAAUUAAAAAAAGCCACCAAAUAUAUCCGGAAUAAUUAAUUGGAAAACGUAAAAUAUAUAUACACAUAUAUGUAUGCCCAUAUGCAUAUAUGUAUAUAUUUAAUUAUUCAUUCAAAAAGCACCGAUUAGGAGCGCUGAAAAAGCAAAUAUUCACCGAGAAGGCGAACGCGAAAGCGAAAGCGAAGGCAACAGCACCUUUAAACAGAGCAGAGCAAAACAAACAUAACGAAUAAUAAACCUAAACCAGAUCCUUUCAUUCUCUGGGGGAUAUGCUAUCCGAAUUUCAAUGCAAAAUUGAUUAUAGAAAAGAAAGUUGUUUAAGUGAGGCACCAUUUUAAUAAGCAGCUCCAAAGGCUCAAGCUCGAGUGCUCCCAUAUAUUUCUGGAAAUACAAAUAUAUAUAUGCAAAAUUCUCCUCGUUUAUUCUCGGAACAGUUUUUAAGUGUGACCAACCAAACAGAGGCAGCAGCAGCAGCAGCAGCAGCACCAACAGCAGCAGCAACAAUCAA